GCCUUGCUUCGUCGCUCCUGCUGGCCACCCUGGCCACCUCCGCCUGGGCUGCCUCCGAUCCUCCCAAGUGUAGCACCGAUUCGCAUUGUCCCAAGGAAUAUCCUUGCUGCUCGCGUGAAUUUCCCGGUCCUUAUCUCGGCUGUGUACCUGAAAUUAACCAAUGCUUCUAGAAUAUGGCGAGUGCGGUACGGGUGCCUACUGUCUCGGAGGCUGUGAUCCUCUGACCUCCUACUCUCUCGAUUCUUGCGCCCCCCAGCCGGUGUGUAAGAGCACUACCUACAAGUGGGACGACUUGGAUCGCGCCGCCUUGAACACCAAAUACUUGGGCAAUGCGUCGGCGAGCGACUGGACAUACAGCGGUUUCCCCAAGAUCAAGGACGGCAACCUGAUGCUCACCAUGCCUAAGGAGAGUGUCGGUAGCUUGUUCGCCAACAACCACUACGUCUGGUACGGCAAGAUUUCCGGCAAGAUCAAGAGUAGCCGUGGGCCCGGCGUUGUGACCGCUUUCAUUCUGCUCGCCGACACCAAGGACGAGAUUGAUUUCGAAUUCGUCGGCAGUGACUUGGACAAUGUUCAGACGAACUACUACUUCCAGGGAAUUUUGGACUAUGGCCACGGCGCAAACGCUUCGGUGGAUUCGAGCACCUUUGACGAUUGGCAUGAGUAUGAGAUCGACUGGAAGCCCGAGGCCAUCACCUGGUCCGUGGACGGCGACGUGAAGCGGACCUUGACCCGUGAAUCGACCUGGAACGAGACCGGCAACCGUUACGAGUACCCCCAGACCCCCUCGAGAAUGCAACUGUCUCUGUGGCCCGCCGGUCAGUCGAGCAACGCCGAGGGAACCAUCGCCUGGGCCGGUGGUGAAAUCGACUGGGACAGCGAGGAUAUCAAGGACAAGGGCUACUACUAUGCCAUGUACAGCGACAUCACCGUUGAGUGCUACGACCCUCCCAAGGACACCGACAAGAGCGGAAACAAGUCCUACGUUAUCACCGAUAAGGCUGGCCUGGACAGCUCCUUCAAGAUCACCAACAACGACACCGUGCUGGCUUCCUUCGGCGCCACCGGUCUUGACCCGGACGUCAAACCCAGCAAAUCUGGAUCCUCCUCCAGCUCCGCCACCGGCAACACGGUUCCCGAGAACCGGGGUGGCUCCGGCAACGAGCCGGGCAUCUCGAACAGCACUUCUAGCGACGGCGGCAGCGGCAGCGGCGACAGCUCGAGCGGUGGCUCCGGAUUCAGCCAGGGUGGUGAUGACGACGACAGCAGCAGCUCCGACUCGAACGGCGCAUUUUCUCAGAACGAGCGCGUUCUGCGCAGCUCCUUCUUCGCCGUUCUGGUAGCCAUCGUUGUGCUGGUUACUCUGUAAUCAUAUUGUUUUCUUUUCUUUUUCCUCGUUCUAUCUUCUCACCUGCAAUUUUUCUAUUCCCAAUUCUUCUAUUCCCUCCUUCCGCCGCUCCCCUAUCUUACUCUCCCUCACCUCCCACCAUCAUCGGGGAUGCUCCUUUUAUGUCUAACUUCUACAUUCUACCUUCAUGGCUCUGGUUUGAUAUAUAUCUCACCGGUUAAGCAUUUAUUCGAUUCUGAUUGGAUGUCUUGAUGUUAUUUUUAUGAUUU